AAAAAGCAAAGUUUUUUCCUCUUGUUCUUUCCGAAAGAAAAAAAGGACACAGUUUGCAUGGUGUUAAGACUCUGAAAUGAAAACAUCACAUCGUCGUCUGUUCUCUAGGAUUCUUCAUUCUCCGGUGAAGGGUCACAGCAGAGUCGGCGCCUUACUUCACUUGUUGUUGCAAGUCGACGAUAAUGGAGCUGUAGAAACCCAUCGAAGUUUUAGCUCUCUUAUACGUGUAGGUGUACGAUGCUCUGUUUCUCUCGAUAGAGAUACUCCUCUUUUUGAUCCCUUCUUUUCUCACCGGAAUUUGUUCACUCGGGCUAAGCAAGUCAAGAGAAUUGAGAUCAACGAUCAACAUAGUCAAAGAGCUGUCACUACUGCACUUUGGUGCAACUUCCUUGUGUUUUCUCUCAAAUUUGGGGUUUGGUGGACAAGUUCUAGCCAUGUCAUAAUGGCUGAAGUUGUUCACUCCGUCGCUGAUUUUGCUAACCAGGCACUUCUUGCUUAUGGACUCAGUAGCUCAAGGCGUGCACCAGAUAAACUUCAUCCCUAUGGCUACUCAAAGGAAAGAUUUGUAUGGUCUUUGAUAUCUGCUGUUGGCAUCUUUUGCCUUGGGUCUGGAGCUACCAUAGUUAAUGGAGUACAGAACUUGUGGACUUCUCAGCCACCUCCAAAUAUGGAAUAUGCUGCUGUGGUAAUUGGUGGCUCUUUUCUAAUCGAAGGUGCUUCACUUCUAGUUGCAAUUCAAUCUGUCAAAAAAGGAGCUGCACAAGAAGGCAUGACCAUAAGAGAUUAUAUAUGGCGUGGUCAUGAUCCUACUUCUGUUGCUGUUAUGACUGAGGAUGGUGCUGCAGUGGCAGGUUUGGGAAUAGCUGCGGCUUCUCUGGUUGCUGUUAAGAUGACAGGAAAUGCUAUUUAUGAUCCUAUAGGAUCUAUUGUAGUUGGAAACUUACUUGGAAUGGUGGCUAUAUUUCUCAUUCAACGGAACCGACAUGCCUUGAUUGGAAGGGCAAUGGAUGAUCAAGACAUGCGUAAAAUUCUUCAUUUCUUAAAGAACGACUCGGUGGUAGAUGCUCUAUAUGAUUGCAAAAGUGAAGUGAUUGGUCCUGGAUCCUUCAGAUUUAAAGCUGAGAUAGAUUUCAAUGGGCAGGUUGUUGUCCAAAACUAUCUGAAGAGAACUAGGCGUGAAGAGUGGGCAAAACUGUUUCGCGAGGCUGCAAAAGGAGAUGAUUCUGAAAUGCUCAAUAUUAUGUCAAACUACGGUGAGGAAGUUGUAACGGCUUUAGGAAGUGAAGUAAUCCGGUUAGAGAAACAGAUCCGAGAGCUUGUCCCUGGAAUUCAACACGUUGACAUCGAAGCACAUAAUCCCAUGGACCAAUCUCUAAGAUCUUGAAAAAAAAAUUAAAAGUUGCUGUUCUGAGUUAUGGAUAAUUCUCUUAAAUAAUGGAAACCACAGGUAUGGUUGUAGUAAGAAGCUUGGCACUCUUAGGAGAAAUAUAAAAGAGUUGAUGGAU